AUGUCGUGUCUCGGCCAGCCCACCCCCCUUCACCACCCGAGAAACCCAUAUUCGUCCGCCGCGGUGCGUGGCCUCAAAUUGACGAAAUUGCCCACCUGCAGCUGCUCCGUCGACAACAGCACCAGCAAUACGGCGCCGCUGAGGGCGUGGGUGGUAUUGAAGGAGAGCAAUAGGUAUAGUGGAUUGGGAGGCGGGUCCCACAGGGCGGCGUGGUUCUCAACCCUAGCCGGUAAAUCGAACAAAGGCGGCGAAUUCGCGGUUGCCGAUGAAAAUGCGGAGGAGGAGAAACGCUUGCAGAGGAGGAGGAGUGGGGGCGGGGGCGGGGGCGCGGUGGUGGUGGGGAGCCCGGAUUUGCUGACAAUUCCCGGAGUUGGCCCCAGGAAUUUGAGGAAGCUGGUGGAGAAAGGAUUUGAGGGAGUGGCUCAGCUCAAACAGCUUUAUAGAGAUAAGUUUUUCGGUAAAUCUAGUGAGAAAAUGGUGGAGUUCUUACAGAGCUCAGUGGGGAUCAUACACAAGAACCAUGCUGAGAGCAUAACUAUAUUUAUCAAGGAGAGUGUGGAUGAAGAGCUCAAGGAAAGCAUUAAGCCCAGUCAAAAGAAGCGAAUCACUUUAUGUGUAGAAGGGAAUAUCAGUGUGGGAAAGACUACAUUCUUGCAGAGAAUAGCUAAUGAAACCCUAGAGCUUAGAGAUCUUGUGGAGAUUGUUCCCGAACCAGUUGACAAGUGGCAGAAUGUCGGUCCUGACCACUUCAACAUAUUAGAUGCAUUUUAUUCUGAACCAGAGAGAUAUGCGUAUACCUUCCAGAACUAUGUGUUUGUAACCAGAGUUAUGCAGGAGAGAGAAUCAUGUGGCGGUAUGAAGCCCCUGAGACUCAUGGAACGGAGUGUCUUCAGUGAUAGAAUGGUCUUUGUGAGAGCUGUUCAUGAGGCGAAGUGGAUGAAUGAGAUGGAAAUUAGCAUUUACGAUUCAUGGUUUGAUCCUGUUGUUUCAAGUUUGCCUGGACUUAUUCCUGAUGGAUUCAUUUAUCUGAGAGCAAGCCCCGACACUUGCCACAAGCGCAUGAUGCUGCGUAAGAGAGCAGAGGAAGGCGGAGUCUCUUUGGACUACCUGAGGGACUUGCAUGAGAAACACGAAAGCUGGCUUUUCCCAUUUGAGAGUGGGAAUCACGGAGUUCUAUCAGUGAGUCAGCUACCCAGGGAUGAUGAUUGGUCUUUACAUCCCCACAUUGAAGACCGCGUUUUUUAUUUGAAUGAUGAUUGGUCUUUACAUCCCCACAUUGAAGACCGCGUUUUUUAUUUGAAUGGUGAUCAUAUGCACUCAAGCAUCCAAAAGGUUCCUGCUUUGGUUCUCAACUGUGAACCAGACAUCGAUUUUAGCAGAGACAUAGAAGCCAAGCAAGAAUAUGCUUGCCAAGUUGCUGAGUUCUUCAAGUUUGUCAAGAAAAAGAAAGAAGUUUCUGAUUCAGUCGUAGGAGAAGACACACAGACUAGCAACCAACCUUCGAUGCUGCUGCCCCAUAAUGGAAAUCUGUGGAUGCCGGGGCAGCAGCCUUUCCCAGGCUCAGCCGUUGAAUUUAGGAAAGCUAUGUCGUUUAUGCCUCAAUAAGGCAGGUGGAAAAUUCUCUUAUCCGUCGUCUGACAGAUUUUCCGACCACUUAGGGUGUCCACUAUAAGGCGGACACGCCCAAUAGCCCCGCCCCAGUUUUUAUCCAUAGCCCCAAUUUUAUUGUCCAUAGCCCCAAAAUUUUGUGUCCGCCACUAUGGUGGACACCUCUAAUAGCCCCCAAAUUUUAUAAUCAACUUUCAUUUUAUAAUAUUUCAAGUAAUUAUGAACAAAUUUAUCGGGCUCUUAGUGGAUUAGAAGAAGCCGACUAUACGAAUUAAAAAUAAAAAUAAAAAUAAAAUACAAAUUAAAAUUAAAAUUAGAAUUAUACACUAAAUUAAAAUUAAAAUCACACACUACAU